UAUAUUUAAAACAAUAUGAGCUUUUUCGGCUUAUUCAAAGGAUCCCAUCCUGAAGAAGAACAAAAGAACGAUCAAACUAAAGAGAAUGAAGAGGGUAUGAAAGCCCGUAACUCAACAGGACAACUUGAUACAUCAGAAACCCAUGACAAGUUAACACUGCAAGAUAAGGAUAAAUCUAAAGGGAUUGAGUUGAAUGCUCCAAGUAUAGAACAUAGUAGUGAAGAGAACAGACAGUUCAAUCAGGGUGGUCAAGGACCUCUUUGCCAGUCUACACUCAUUAGUGACUACUGAGAUGAGAAAUUAUCCGAUGAUUAUGAUGACCUUGCUAAUGACAUCGAGAUCUAUAAAGGAAGCCAACAUCUUUCCAGGUCUACUAUGGAAGUAAAACCGAGGUUUGGACUACAAACUAAAGAAAAAGAGAAAGAAAUCAAGGUAGAAGAGAAAGAAGAUACUGAGCCAAAAUUCAUCCCUAAAAGUAGAGAGAUUAAUAACCUAUUCGGCUCUAUUGGAGAGAGACCGGAUGAAGAGAAACUUGAAGUAAAGCCAGGGAAGAAUCUUGGUAUCAGCACAAUGAUCAGUAGCAACCUGACUGGAGCACUUUCUAUGUUCUCCGGCAAAAAGGAAAAUGGGGAAAAAGGAAGUAAAGAGAAUGGCAAAGGAGAACAGAAUAAGCAUGGAUUACUUGAAGAAGAUAAGGAUCAAAAGUCUAAAAAGUUAAGAAAAUCUACAGCUAAGCCUAAAAAGGUUGAGUUCACAGACCCUUCCGAAGCUGUUAAUUACCUCAGCACUAGGUUCACCAAGAAUAAUGCUCUACUUAAGAGGCUCAUUGAUAAAAAUAUUGAGAAAUGGAAACUUAUCCAGUAUAUGAAAGAUAAAGAGCAAGAGCUCAAGUCUAAAAUCUCAAGUGCAGAGGCAGAACUUGAAGAGAUGAUCAAAGUGGAAAACUUUGAUAAGGCUGACCAACUUCAGACAAAAAUUGAGCUUCUCAACUCAGAACUCAGCUCUAAAAAGUCAAGCCAGUUCAGAAUUGACGAAGGUUCCAAAGAAGGAAGUAAUCCAUUACUUUCAGAAUCAAUACAAAAGUACUUGAAAUUUAUUGAAGAAAAUAUCCAAAUCCUAUCUAUUUCUGAAAACAAGGUGACAUCACAAAAAUUAGUCUACCAGAAAGAGGAAGAGACUAAAAUUUCUGAGACGCAGGAAGAAAUCAACAAUCAAGAGACCAAGCUAAAUUCUCAAGCAGAUACUCUGAAUGAGAAGCUGGAGGAGUCCAAACAAAGCCUCAAAACUGUUGAGGAGAAGGUCAAGGGCAAAUCCCAGGAGCAUAUUGAAGAAAGAAAUAAACUUGAUGAAGCUAUUGGAGUUGUAGAUCAAGAAAUCCAAGAACUUGAACGACAAUUAAAGAUCAAAGUUGAUGAAAGACACGCCCUCGAAGAGAAAAGGCAGAAGAAGAAUGAAAUCAUCAGAGAAAUCACCUCUGAACUAGACGAUAAAAGGUAUAUCGAUGAUGUUGAGAAAUACGAGAGAAGAAUUAUGGUCAACAAUGAGAGAAAAGAUGAACUCAAUCAUCAAAAGACCAAUUUAGAGGAAACCCAAAACACUGUGAUGAAGACUAUCCACGAUUAUGAUUCAAAGAUCGACUCAUUCAAAGGCAUAGUAGAGAACUUGAAAAGCAAACUAGAGGAAGAACAGAAGAGUUUUGAAGAGUUCAAAGAAACUACCAAAAAGCAUGAAGAAAUCAUUCAUAAGUACAACCUCUUCUCAAUCAAGGUCUCUGACAUUCAGAAUGAGAUCAAGGGUAUUGAAAAUGAGAUUGAAGAUCACCGUCAAAGUCUUUCAAAUGAUUACAGAAAGGUAGAAGAGCAUGAAAGAAUGAUAGAGACCCUUGAAUCAGAGAAGAAAACUCUCGCUAAAAAGAAGAACUUCAAAGAAGCUCAGAGAACUAAAAGACUUAUUGAGAUGAAAGAGAAAAAGAAGGAAACAGUCCUUCAGGAGAUCGAAGACUUCAAACUUCUAAUUGAAACAUCAGAGAAAAGACUUGAAGAAGUCAAACUCAGAGAGAAGAAGCUUGUAGGAGGAGGAGCUAACAUCGAUGAAGAGGAAGAUAAAAGCAAGGUAGCAACCCAGUUAAAAGAGCAAGAAUUAGCUGUAGUUAAGUAUUUACAAAGAGAAUCUACCAAAUUUGACCAGAGAGUGAAUUUCUAUACAUCAAACAGGGCUAUUAAAGAGUUGAAAAACAGUAAACCUUCAGAUGAAGGAUACUAUACCCCUGAAGAUAACGAAGAAAAGGAACAAGUUCUAUUUGAAGCUAAGAGUGACAAUGCCUCUGAAGAAGUCAAAGAAAAGCCUAAACUUUCUCAAAGCAAAGUUGAAGAAGAUGGUUACUCUAUAAACCCACUUGAGAAAGAAAAGGAGAAUAAAGGUCUCAAGAUCGAGAACGCUCUUUCUCUUGAAGAAUGCUCAAGUGAAGAAGCUUCUCAAAAUAGUGACGAAGGGAUUGAUAUUCCUCAGUCGAUUGAGCAGGAGCCGGAAAUUACAAGUGAGGCUACAAAUCAUAACAAAACUAUGAAGUCAAAGAAAAAGAAGAAAAAGAGAAAUAUGAAGCAUAAAUUGUCUUCAAUCCAAGAGCUUUCUGAAGUUUCAUCUGAUUCAGAUGAUGAUGAUGAUAAUGAAGAUGAAGAGCAUAAGGAAUCUCAUUUAGGUAUCUCAACCUCUGUUCCGCUCUCAAUGACAUCAAGUGCAGUCACAAUGUCUAAUGUAGAGAAGGCUCCUGAUGAGACAGAAGAAGUGCAUGGUGAAAUAAAAGAAGCACAGCCUCAGCAAUUUGUGAGUGAUGAAUAACCUCCAACUUUAUUAUGAUUUCAACUAA